ACGUGUCUCCUCCUCCUCCUGAUCUUGCUCUGGGUGGUCACAGGCCGGCGCCGCCGUCCGGAGAUAUACGUGGUGGACUACGUGUGCUACGAGCCACCGAGCUGCUUCAGAGUCCCCUUCUCUGCGUUCAGGGAGCAUCUCCACCUGGCCGGCAUCUUCGACCCAAAAUCCGUAGCCUUCAUGGACAAGAUCGUGAGCCUGUCGGGGCUGAGCGAAGAGACCCGCCUCCCGCCGGCGCUGCGCUACAUACCUCCGAGGUCGGACCACGCGGGUGCGAUGGAGGAAGCCCGGAUGGUGCUGUUCCCCAUCUUCGAGCAGCUGCUGUCGGGCAACGGGCUGUCCCCCAGGGACGUGGACAUCCUGGUGGUGAACUGCAGCGGGUUCUGCCCGGACCCGUCCCUGGCGUCGAUGGUCGUCAGCAGGUUCGGCAUGAGAGAGGACGUCAGGUGCUUCAACCUCACCGGAAUGGGGUGCAGCGCCAACACGGCGGCGGUGGACAUGGUGAGGAACAUGAUGAUGGCGUCGUCGUCGUCCCACCCGCACCGCCGGGCGUGCAACGCUGUCAUUCUCAGCACCGAGAUCUUGUCCACAGGUUGGUAUCCCGGAAAGGAGAGGGCCUUCAUGGUGCUCAACUGCAUUUUCCGGAUGGGCGGCGCCGCCGUGCUGAUGAGCAACAAAAGGGAAGCCAAGAGGACGGCCAAAUACAAGCUCGUCUGGACCCUGAGAACACAGGGCGCGUUCGACGACCGGCGUUACAGCGCCGCCUACCGCGAAGAGGACUCCGAAGGGAUCACCGGAAUGAGGCUGAACGGCGACGUCCUCUACGUGGCCGGCGAAACCCUUCAGUCCCACAUCCCCAUUCUCGGCGCCAGAUUCCUCCCCUAUACCGAGAUACUCCUCUUUCUUGCUUCCACGUUGAAGAAGAAGUUUCUUGACAAGUCCGCGGAGAUAUACGUCCCCAAUUUCAAGUCGGCGAUACAGCAUUUCUGUUUUCCGGCGACCGGAAAGUCGGUCGUCCGGGAGACGGCGAAGAGGCUGAGGCUGGGAGAGGAGGAUAUGGAGCCGGCAUUGAUGGCAGUGUACAGGUAUGGGAACCAAUCGUCGGCGUCACUGUGGUACGAGUUGGCUUACUUGGAGGCUAAAAACAGAGUGAAGAAAGGGGACAGGAUUUGGCAAUUGGGUAUGGGCACUGGGCCCAAAUGCAAUAGCAUUGUCCUCCAGUGCUGUCGGCCCAUUUCCGGAGAGACCCCUCGUAACAAUCCAUGGGCCGAUUGCAUUCACAAAUAUCCCGUUACAAUUCCUUAGAAAUAUUUGUCCUGAAAAAAUGAAUAUGCGGUUUAAAUUGGGAACUUGUGUGCAGGUGGAACCCAGUGGUGUGAAUUAUGAUUAGUAAAUUCAUAUACAUGUU